GCUCUCAAAAAUUGGAAUGCAGCCCAUAAAAUUUGAGCAAGAUGGAUAUAGAUCUGAGUUUUCCAAAUGAUGUACCCACCAACUUAAAUGGGCUAAAGGAGAGAAGAAACCCAAACAGAAUAUCCUCCAAAUUAUUGAUGUUUUAGGCCCUAAGCACAUAAUAAUUGAUUCGUAUCAACCCAACCCAAUGUAAUUGAUUGGUUUUGAACUAAGCUCCUGGUUGUUGGAGGAGUUAGGUGAGUGGAAGAGCCUGCUUUAAAAACCAACUCUCUUACUUCCUCAAAAAAAACCAACUCUCUUAGUUUGAUUUCUUACAAUUCUUUUGUCUACUCUGAAUACAAAUCCUGCAAUUUUUAACUUGUGUUUCUGCCUUGUCGAAUUUUGGGAGCAAUGGCUGCGCAAAAUUCUGUGGAAAGAGUAAACUUGGGAAACCAAGGACUUGAGGUGUCAAAACUGGGUUAUGGUUGCAUGGGGCUCACUGGAUUCUACAAUGCACCUAUUUCUGUGGAAGAUGGGAUUGCAAUAAUCAAAGAGGCAUUUAAUAAAGGCAUAACUUUCUUCGACACUGCUGAUGUUUAUGGGAAAGACCAUUCGAAUGAAUACCUGAUAGGGCAGGCAUUGAAGGAGCUGCCUCGGGAAAAAGUCCAACUAGCAACCAAGUUUGGUUUUUAUGCAUUUACAAGCUCGGGGAUAAUAGUUAAAGGUACACCUGAGUAUGCCCGCACUUGCUGUGAAGCAAGCCUGAAGCGUCUCCAAGUGGAUUACAUUGAUCUCUACUACAUACAUAGAAUUGACACCACUGUACCCAUUGAGGAAACAAUGGAAGAGCUUAAAAAAUUAGUUGAAGAAGGUAAAAUUAAGUACAUUGGUUUAUCUGAAGCUAAUGCAGACACUAUAAGAAGGGCACAUGCCGUGCAUCCCAUAACCGCAUUACAAAUGGAAUAUUCCCUUUGGACCCGUGACAUCGAAGAAGAAAUAAUUCCUCUCUGCAGGGAACUUGGCAUUGGUAUAGUUCCAUACUGCCCAGUUGGCCGUGGGCUUUUCGCUGGGAAGAAAGUUGUGGAAAACAUACCUCAAGAAAGCUACUUGCAAUCACACCCAAGGUUUACAGGGGAGAACUGGGAAAAGAACAAGACAAUCUAUUAUCGCCUGGAAGAAUUGGCUAAGAAGCACAAUUGUACUCCCGUUCAACUCGCUCUUUCAUGGGUUCUUCAUCAGGGUGCUGAUGUAGUUCCUAUUCCUGGAACAACUAAGAUAAAAAAUCUUCAUGAGAACGUGGGUUCUGUGAAUGUGAAACUGACGAAGGAUGAUCUGAAAGAGAUUUGUGAAGCUGUCCCAGUUGAAGAAGUGGCAGGAGGGAGACAAGGUGAAGCUCUUUAUAAGAUAUCAUGGAAAUUUGCUAACACCCCUCAGCCAAAACCCAAGUGAGACAAAAUUCAUGUGCCUUUAUUCUCUCCCCGACAGCUCUUACUACCAGCUUGCGCCUUUGUUCUUCUGCAACUCCAAUGACAUUUUGUUCGAAUAUGUAUGUUGCCAUCUUAUUGGUUUUCGCAUAUAUAUUGAGAUGUCAAGUUUGUGCUUACCUUAA